CUCUAGAACGCCGGCGCGGCUGUCGGGUUUCGAACCCCAGCGCAGACCCUCGCCCUCGGCGCGCGCGGCCAAGCCGCUGGCCAGCCUUCGGCCCCCGCAUCAAUCAUUAACGGGUCGGCUCGGCUGCUGUGGCCCGAGAAGGGGGAUGGUAUGGAACUCGAGACUGGGGACAACUCUAUCCCCCGAAGCGGCUGCGAAACCCUAGCCCGGGAGGCCCCCUCCCUUUCUCGGAACGGCUGCUCGGAGGCGCAGGUCCUCUCCUGAACCUGCAAAGACGCCCCUGGCGCGGGCACAAAGGCUCCGACGGCGGCCAGCCGGGUCUACCAAGCGCCCGGGAGCAGGCGCCAGAGGUCGCUUGCGCGCACCCCAGCCGAACCCCGGGCACCAUGCCGCGGCGCCUGCAGCCUCGGGGCGCGGGCACAAAGGGCCCUCCCGCCACGGCCCCGGCAGCUUCGGCGGCUGCCCGGCACUCCCACCCUGCCGCCUCUGGGGACCCCCCAGCGUCGGCCAAGCCGCUGCUGCGCUGGGACGAGGUGCCUGACGACUUCGUGGAGUGCUUCAUCCUGUCGGGCUACCGGCGUCUGCCGUGCACGGCCCAGGAGUGCCUAGCCUCGGUGCUGAAGCCUACCAAUGAGACGCUCAACUUCUGGACGCACUUCAUCCCGCUGCUGCUGUUCCUGAGCAAGUUCUGCCGUCUGUUUUUCCUGAGCGGCGGCGACGUGCCCUUCCACCACCCCUGGCUGCUGCCGCUGUGGUGCUAUGCGUCGGGCGUGCUGCUGACCUUCGCCAUGAGCUGCACGGCGCACGUGUUCAGCUGCCUGUCGCUGCGCCUGCGUGCCGUCUUCUUCUACCUGGACUACGCGUCCAUCAGCUACUACGGCUUCGGCAGCACCGUGGCCUACUACUACUACCUGCUGCCUGGCCUGAGCCUACUGGAUGCCAGGGUCAUGACCCCAUAUGUGCAACAGCGCCUGGGCUGGCAUGUGGACUGCACGCACCUCAUCGCUGCCUACCGUGCUCUGGUGCUGCCUGUCGCCUUCGUGCUGGCGGUGGCCUGCACCGUGGCCUGCUGCAAGAGCCGCACCGACUGGUGCCACUACCCGUUCGCGUUGCGCACCUUCGUCUUCGUCAUGCCGCUCAGCAUGGCCUGUCCCAUUAUGCUGGAGAGCUGGCUCUUCGACUUGCGUGGUGAGAACCCCACUCUCUUCGUGCACUUCUACCGCCGCUACUUCUGGCUGGUGGUGGCCGCCUUCUUCAACGUGAGCAAGAUCCCUGAGCGCAUCCAGCCAGGCCUCUUUGACAUCAUCGGCCACAGCCACCAGCUCUUCCAUAUCUUCACCUUCCUCAGCAUUUACGACCAGGUGUACUAUGUGGAGGAGGGCCUGCGCCAGUUCCUCCAGGCUCCGCCUGCUGCGCCCACCUUCUCAGGCACCGUGGGCUACAUGCUGCUGCUAGUGGUCUGCCUGGGGCUAGUCAUCAGGAAAUUCCUAAACAGCUCCGAAAUCUGCAGUAAAAAGUGAACCUCCACCUUGGAGGAGGCUACUGGUUUGCCCACCUAUUUGGAGUGUCUGUUGCUAUUGUUGGUUUGUUUUCAAGUUUUGUUAUGUUUCCUUCGUUGCUCGAGGAGGGUGCUGCAAAACCAUAGGGGAAAAGCCCACUGCUACAAAGGGCUCCCAGUCCAUUUGGGGCUUUGGAAGAGGGAGAAGGUGGGGUGGGGGAGUCAAGCAGGAGAGAGAUGGUCACUGAUUCUUGUUCCUGGAAAAAAAUUCAGAUGGUGUCUGUGACACCCAGGGAUUUUUCAAGGGCAGCAAAUAAUAUCCCAAAUAAAACCCCAAAGAGUUGGCUUUUCCAGUCAUCUGUGCCAGUGGUAAUAAGGAGUAGCUGUUGUGGGGUCAGGUAUGCAGUAAAGAGGGUAAAUAGACCAAAUCCCUGGGUACUUCAAUUUCAGUUUGAGAAAUGCUUGGAUUUGUCAAAAGAAUGGAACUUUGUAGGAAACAGGCACAAAGACACAAACCUAGGGCUUAACCUGCUAGAAAAUGCAUGGAAUGUGAACACAAGUUAAUUAUUUCAAAAAAUGUUUCUCAGAUGUUAUUUAAAUAGUAAUAUAUACAAUGAUUUUUCAUAAUUUAUCAAAGCCUGUGAUAUGCACUGAAUUUUCUUUGUCCCAUAGUUUUGAAUUUUGCAGCCUUCUGCAUUGCAUACACUUGAACUGGACAUCAGGGCAAGCUGCUUGAGCAUUCUCAACUACUUUUUUAAACAGUGUUUUCUGACAGCCUAUGUAUGUCAUGAUACAACUGUGAAUUAUUCCACCUUAGGGAACUCUGGUUAAACGAUUGGAGCUCAAGUGGUUUGUAAAGAUCCCAGAUUCUUGUUUACUUUAAUGUAUUCCACAGAACCCAUCCUGGUUUUUGUUUGUUUGUUUUGUUUUUGAUCUUAUUCUUUGCUUAUUUAAAUUGCCACUGGAAUAAAUGUGCCUUUUGAAGCAAUUCCCAAA